GGCCUCGCCGCGGCUUUUGUCCCCUCCUCCCAGGGGGUCUCCGGUUCUCGGAGGCGGCGGAUGACCCGAGCUCGGCAGGAUUUCCGAAAUAACCCGAGCCUUCUCCCUCGGCAGACGGAUGACACUCGUUUGCAGGUUAUUUCAAAAGCAGAGGCUUCUGGUGCCGUUAAUGCGGAGAUCCUGGGCUUCAGAAAUCUGAUUUUGAUUUGGGGAUAAACCCUGAACCGGGCUGUUUCUCCACUUCGUGUGGCUUUUCCAUCUGGCAGGAACCGAGCACCACCCCUCCUCCCUUCACAGCCCCACCUCUUUGAUUUAACCCAGAGACUGACUUCACCAUAGAAACACCCACAGUUGUAUCAAUGGUUGGGGCAAGAUAGUGGCAACAGGCAAAGGAAAAACAGCUCCAACAUACUAAGGACAAUGAGUAUGCUAAAACCGAGUGGGCUUAAGGCCCCUACCAAGAUCCUUAAGCCUGGAAGCACAGCCUUGAAGACACCUGCUGCUGUUGUUGCUCCAGUAGAAAGAACAACAUCCAGUGAGAAGGCAUCAGGCACACCAUCAUCGGAGGCACAAGAGGAAUUUGUGGAUGACUUUCGAGUUGGGGAGAGAGUUUGGGUGAAUGGGAAUAAGCCUGGAUUCAUCCAGUUUCUGGGAGAAACCCAGUUUGCACCAGGCCAGUGGGCCGGGAUUGUUUUAGAUGAACCCAUAGGUAAGAACGAUGGUUCUGUGGCUGGAGUUCGGUAUUUCCAGUGUGAACCUCUGAAGGGCAUAUUCACCCGCCCUUCGAAGUUGACAAGGAAGGUGCAGGUGGAAGAUGAAGCUAAUGGCCUACAGACAACGCCUGCUUCCAGAGCGACUUCACCUCUGUCCACUUCUGCAGCCAGCAUGAUGACCUCCUCCCCAGGAGCCCCUUCAAAUAUCCCCCAUAAAUCAUCCCAGCCUACAGCAAAGGAACCGUCAACGACAUCUCAGAUCAGCAACCUUACAAAAACUGCCAGUGAAUCUAUCUCCAACCUCUCUGAGGCUGGUUCAAUCAAGAAAGGAGAAAGAGAGCUCAAAAUUGGGGACAGAGUACUGGUUGGUGGCACCAAGGCUGGUGUAGUCCGGUUUCUUGGGGAGACAGACUUUGCCAAGGGGGAAUGGUGUGGUGUGGAGUUGGAUGAGCCUCUUGGGAAGAACGAUGGGGCAGUUGCUGGAACCAGGUAUUUUCAGUGCCAACCCAAAUAUGGCUUGUUUGCUCCUGUGCACAAAGUGACCAAGAUUGGCUUCCCUUCCACUACGCCAGCUAAAGCCAAGGCUGCUGCCGUGAGGCGGGUGAUGGCAACCACGCCCGCCAGCCUGAAGCGCAGCCCUUCCGCCUCGUCUCUCAGCUCCAUGAGCUCAGUGGCCUCCUCCGUGAGCAGCAAGCCCAGCCGGACAGGAUUAUUGACUGAAACCUCCUCCCGUUACGCCAGGAAGAUCUCCGGCACCACUGCCCUCCAGGAGGCCCUGAAGGAGAAGCAGCAGCACAUUGAGCAGCUGCUGGCUGAACGGGAUCUAGAGAGGGCGGAGGUGGCCAAGGCCACAAGCCACGUGGGGGAAAUAGAGCAGGAGCUAGCUCUGGCCCGGGACGGACACGACCAGCAUGUCCUGGAAUUGGAGGCCAAGAUGGACCAGCUGCGAACAAUGGUGGAAGCUGCUGACAGGGAGAAGGUGGAGCUUCUCAACCAACUUGAAGAGGAGAAAAGGAAGGUGGAGGACCUGCAAUUCCGGGUUGAGGAAGAAUCCAUCACAAAAGGAGAUCUUGAGGUGGCUACAGUGUCGGAAAAGUCCCGUAUAAUGGAACUAGAAAAAGACCUAGCGUUGAGAGCGCAGGAGGUAGCUGAGUUGCGGAGGCGGCUAGAGUCCCAUAAGCCUGCUGGGGAUGUUGACAUGUCACUCUCCUUUUUGCAAGAGAUAAGUUCUUUGCAAGAAAAAUUGGAAGCCGCCCAUGCUGACCACCAGAGAGAAAUCAUUUCUCUGAAGGAGCAUUUUGGAGCCUGUGAAGAAACACAUCAGAAGGAGAUAAAGGCUCUUCAGGCUGUCACAGAGAAGCUUUCCAAAGAGAAUGAGUCGCUGAAAAGCAAGCUUGAUCAUGCCAACAAGGAGAAUUCGGAUGUGAUAGCCCUGUGGAAGUCCAAGCUGGAGACGGCCAUCGCGUCUCACCAACAGGCGAUGGAAGAGUUGAAGGUGUCCUUCAGCAAGGGGGUCGGAAUGGAGACCACGGAGUUUGUGGAGUUAAAAACACAGAUAGAGAAGAUGAGGCUAGAUUACCAGCACGAAAUAGAGAAUCUUCAGAACAAACAAGACUCGGAAAGGUCUGCUCACACUAAAGAGAUAGAAGCCCUCCGGGGUAAGCUGAUGGCAGUCGUUAAAGAGAAGGAGAGCAGCCUGGAAGCCAUCAAGGCGAAGCUGGACAAAGCGGAAGACCAGCAUCUAGUAGAGAUGGAGGACACCUUAAGCAAAUUGCAGGAAGCUGAGACAAAGGUAAAGGAGCUAGAGGUACUACAAGCCAAAUGCAAUGAACAAACCAAGGUUAUUGAUAAUUUUACAUCACAGCUCAAGGCUACCGAAGAAAAGCUCUUGGAUCUUGAUGCACUUCGGAAAGCCAGUUCCGAAGGUAAAUCGGAAAUCAAGAAACUUAGACAGCAGCUUGAGGCAGCUGAGAAACAGAUUAAAAAUUUAGAGAUUGAAAAGAAUACUGAGAGUGGCAAGGCUAGUAGCAUUACCAGAGAGCUGCAGGGGAAAGAUCUAAUACUUAAUAACCUUCAGGAAAACUUGAGUGAAGUCAGUCAAGUGAAAGAGGCUUUGGAAAAAGAACUUCAGAUUUUGAAAGAAAAGUUUGCUGAUGCUUCAGAGGAGGCAGUCUCUGUUCAGAGAAGCAUGCAAGAAACUGUAAAUAAGUUACACCAAAAGGAGGAACAGUUUAAUGCACUGUCUACUGAAUUGGAGAAGUUGAGAGAAAAUUUAACAGAUAUGGAGGCAAAAUUUAGAGAGAGAGAUGAAAGAGAAGAACAGUUGAUAAAGGCAAAGGAAAAGUUAGAAAAUGACAUUGCAGAAAUCAUGAAGAUGUCCGGAGACAAUUCUUCUCAGCUGACAAAAAUGAAUGAUGAGUUACGUCUGAAAGAAAGAAAUGUAGAAGAAUUACAGCUGAAACUGACGAAGGCGAAUGAAAAUGCAAACUUUCUGCAGAAGAGUAUUGGGGAAGUAACUCUCCAAGCGGAACAGAGCCAGCAGGAAGCAGCUAAAAAGCACGAGGAAGAAAAGAAAGAGCUUCUGAGGAAAUUGUUGGACCUGGAAAAAAAGGUGGAAAUGAGCCACAACCAGUGCCAGGAUCUGAAAACCAGGUUCGAGGAAGCCAGUUGUGACAUGAAGGCGAAGCACGAAGCGGUCCUACAGAACCUGCAUAAGAUGCUGUCGGACACAGAGGAGAGGCUGAAGGCUGCACAGGAGAAGAACAGUGACUUGCUGCAGGAGAUGGUGGAACUGAAAAAGCAAGCCGACAAAGCCAAAUCGCUAACUUAUUUGUUAACAUCAGCCAAAAAAGAAAUUGAACUAAUGUCAGAAGAGCUGAGGGGUCUGAAAUCAGAGAAGCAGCUUCUUGCACAGGAGGGGAAUGCUUUAAAGUUAGAAAAAGGUUCACUUUUAUCAAAGCUGGUAGAGGUGGAGGCCAAAAUAACUUUACUUCAGGAAGAUCAACAGAAACUGUGGUUGGUAAAUGAAACUCUUCAUUUAGAAAAAGAGAAAGCCUUAGAAGAAAAGCAAGAUGCUGAAAAGCUUCAUCAGCAGGAACAGCUCCAUAAAGAAGCUUUGGUGGUUGAGAGAGAGCAAUUACUACGAGAAGUCAAUAUUGCACAGGCAGAACUUUUGAAGGUCAGUAAGGAAAAUGACUCUUUGCAGGUUUCCAGAGCAAACUUGCAGGCACUCAUAGAAGAGCUCCACCUCAGCAAAGAUACUUUGAUUGCUGAGUCUAAGAAGGAUCAGGAAGAAAAAGAUCACCUGGAGGAUCAUAUCAAGAAGCUUGUUACUGAAAAUCUUGCCUUGGCUAAAGAUAAAGAUGAAAUUAUUCAGAAGCUCCAGAGCUCUUAUGAGGAACUAGUCAAAGAUCAGAAAACCUUGGUGCAGGAGAUUGAAGAUCUCACGACUGAGAAAAAGUCAGCUUUGGAGAAGCAGUCAGGUCUUGAUAACAUGUGCAUAGCCUUGAAAGUGGAAAGAGAAAAUCUUCUCCAAAGCAGCAAAGAUCUGCAGUUUGAGAAGGACAUGCUUCUUCAAGAUCGAGAAAAGCUGAGUGCCAGCUUGGAGGCCGCCAUCCAGAUCAAGCAGCUGCUCAGCACGGAAGCCAGUGGGCUCCGCACACAGCUGGACGAUGCCCAGCGGGCUCUGAGAAAGGAUGAGCUGGAGAUGAGGCAGCUUCAGGCUACAAAUACCAGCCUCAGCAAGCUCCUGGAAGAAAUCAAGACCAGUCGGGAGAUCACAGACUCGGAGUGCAUCCAGCUUCUGCAUGAAAAAGAAACCUUGGCUUCAUCCGAGAGAAGACUCUUGGCUGAAAAAGAAGAACUUCUAAGUGAAAACAGACUCGUCACUGAAAAGCUGAAGAAAUGCUCAGAAGAGGCCACCCAAAUCGAAGUGAGCCUGAACGAGAAGAUCACUUACCUGCUUUCUGAGAAGGAGGUGGUAUGUCAGAAAAUUGCAAAACUCAAAAAGCAGCAUGACAGUCUCUUGAAGGAAAAGUCUGUCUUGGAAAUGCAAAAUGGAGAUUUGCUUGCAGAAAGAGAGAAUUCCAUGAAAACCAUGGGAGACCUCAAACGGAAAUAUGAUCAGGAGUCUGCCAACAGAAGAAUCAUCGUGCACGAGAAGAUGAAACUCCUCGGUAAUCUCGACACACUGAAGAAGGAGCUUCAGGAGAGGAAAAGGGAAAACCAGGAGCUGGCGGCCACCAAGUGUGAUCUCUCUCUGAUGUUGAAAGAGGCUCAAAAUGCUAAGAAGAGUCUAGAAAAAGAGCACACGAGCAUCCUGCAAGCAAAGGAGAGUCUGAAUGCUGAACUUCAGACUUGCUGUUCGGAAAAGAGCAUCUUGCUACGGGACGGGCUGAGCCUGCAAGAAGAGUGUCAGAGACUAAACGAGGAGAUCCACAGAAUACAGCAGUCCUUCAUCCUGGAAAAAGAAGCCAGAGCACAGGAAAACGAGUCCUCCCUGUAUGAAAACAAUAAACUUCACGGGAGGGUGGUGCUCCUAGAGCAGGAGCUGGAAGAAUUAAGAGGGUGUACGAAGCAGCUGCAGUCUGAAAAGUUUGCACUCGUCCAAGAGAAGACCAAGUCUGAGCAGAAAGUGGUAGAGAUAAUUAAGGAGAAGGAACUCCUGAGUGCAGAAACGGCCCAGCUUGCUGCCAAUAUAGAGACUCUAAAGAGUGAUUUCACCACCUUGUCCAAGUCCAAGUUAGAGCUGCAGGAGCUACACAGCUACCUCACCAAGAUCUUGGACGACCUCCGGCUGAAGCAUGAGAUGACUCUGGCUGAUCGCAUCAAGGUGGUGCAAGACAACAAGAACCUCUUGGCCGAGAAGAGAGACAUGAUGCUGACGAAGGAGGAGCUCCUGAAGGAGAAGGAGAAGCUGGCAGAAAGCUACUUCAUCCUUCAGAAAGAGAUUAGCCAAUUGGCCAAAACCAACAGCCAUAUCUCAGCCAACCUCCUAGAAUCUCAAAAUGAAAACCGUAUUUUGAGGAAAGACAAGAGCAAGCUCACUCUUAAAAUUAGAGAGCUCGAGACUCUUCAGUCAUUUACGGCUGCUCAAACGGCAGAAGACGCCAUGCAGAUAAUGGAACAGAUGACCAAAGAGAAGAGUGAAACUCUGGCGUCCUUGGAGGAUACCAAGCAAACAAAUGAAAAACUACAGAAUGAAUUGGAUACACUUAAGGAAAACAACUUGAAGAACGUGGAAGAGCUGAACAAAUCAAAAGAACUUCUGACGGUAGAGAACCAAAAAAUGGAAGAGUUUAGGAAAGAAAUAGAAACCCUCAGGCAGGCAUCAGCUCAGAAGUCCCAGCAGCUUUCGGCUUUGCAAGAAGAGAACGUGAAACUUGCUGAGGAGCUGGGGAGAACCAGGGACGAAGUCACAGGUCAUCAGAAGCUAGAAGAAGAGAGAUCUGUGCUCAAUAAUCAGUUGUUAGAAAUGAAAAAGAGAGAAUCCAAGUUAAUAAAGGACGCAGAUGAAGAAAAAGCUUCCUUGCAGAAAUCCAUCAGUAUUACUAGUGCCUUACUCACCGAAAAGGAUGCAGAGCUGGAAAAACUGAGAAAUGAGGUCACAGUGCUCCGGGGAGAGAGCGCCUCCGCCAAGUCCUUGCACUCCAUCGUUCAGUCUCUAGAGUCUGAUAAGGCAAAGCUUGAACUCCAGGUGAAGAACUUGGAACUUCAACUCAAAGAAAACAGAAGGCAGCUCGGCAGCUCCUCAGGUAAUACUGAUACUCAGGCAGAGGAGGAUGAAAGAGCCCAGGAGAGUCAGAUUGAUUUCCUCAAUUCAGUAAUAGUGGAUCUUCAGAGGAAGAAUCAGGACCUCAAGAUGAAGGUGGAAAUGAUGUCAGAAGCAGCCCUUAAUGGGAAUGGUGAUGACCUAAACAAUUAUGACAGUGACGACCAGGAGAAACAGUCCAAGAAGAAACCUCGCCUUUUCUGUGACAUAUGUGACUGCUUCGACCUCCACGACACUGAGGACUGCCCCACCCAGGCGCAGGCAUCAGAGGACCCCCCCCACUCCACACACCAUGGCAGUCGGAGCGAGGAGCGCCCGUACUGUGAGAUCUGUGAGGUGUUUGGGCACUGGGCCUCCCACUGCAAUGAUGACGAGACCUUCUGACGGAAGACCUGAUGAGACCUGAUGACGGAACCCCCAGCCGUGCGCCAGGCUCCUCAGACGCACUAGGAUGUAGGCGACUGACCACCAGCAUCGUGUGUGCAGACUUCAGGAGAGCUCACAUUAUUUUUGACCCCCAUCAACAAAUCUAAAAAAAAUAUUUUGAUCUUCACUAAAUCACCCUGUUAGUCUCCCCUUAGAAGUUAAAAUAAUAAACACCUAGUAGGUGAGUUUUCACCUCUAAUUUUCUCAUCUUGAUUUUUAAAAGUUCCAAGACAUUGCACCAGAUGCCAUUACAUUUACUGUCCCAAGGGAGACCUCCUAGAACAAUCCCUACCCUCACAAUACCUUAUUUAAGUAACUUUAAAUUAUGCUGUUACUUUUCAUAUUUGCACUAAAAUUUUUCCAGGCUGCAUUUGUAUAUUUAGAUGUUUGGGUUAAGCUUUGACACUGGAAUGAGUUGGAAAAAUGUGCCAUUUUGCAUUUUCAUCUACUCAUUUAAAGUAUUUUAUUCUUAAAGAAGUAUCUUUUAGCUCUUUGCACUACCUGACGUCAGUAGUGCCUUUAUUUCAGGCUUGAUAAUACUUAGGUGUGAUUAUAAAAUCAUGAAACAGGUAAAGGGAGGGGGAAGCCCUAAACUGCUGUGGGGACAUUUUAGAAUCUAUAUGCUGCACCUACUCAUUCUACUGUGGUGUUUUGUUCAUUGGUUUUCCAUAAUUUCAGCUUCUAUAUAUUAUAUGUAUAUAUUUUUUAAAAAAUCUGUAUUUUGGGAGAAAACACAAUGUCUUUCUUUUCAGAUUUUUACCUUUAUGAAAAAGAAAACACAUUAGGACAUAAUGGACUAGGCCAGAAAAUAACAUCACGUGGCUUUGCAACUAUUUUUCCUGUUUUCAUUUUGUUUCUUUUAUAAGAAAUAAAUAACUGGGAGGAUUUUUCUCCAAAUUUGUUUCUUCAGCAGAUAUCCCCAGCAGUCAUUUAACUAGAUAAUAAGCCACUAUAAAACACCUAAAUUAACUAGUCUACAACCUUUACAAGUUUUUUUUUACUGUGUUUUUAGAUGAAUGUACGAUGAGAAAUUCAACGUUAAUAAUUUUGGAUUUUAUUAUCACAAAAAAUAAAAUGAAGGACUUCAUCAGAAGUUUUAUCAACCAGUUUGAAUCUAUUUAUCUUCAUUUGAAUGUCUUCUAGAAUAUGUAAAAAGUAAUAAAUGUAUCUUCCAUGCUAUGUGUAUAAGAACUUCUAUAAUUGUAUAUAAGCAUUUGAUGUAUUUUUCUCCUCAAGAUUAUCAAAUGUGUGUCUGACAAGUGAAAAAUCUGUAAUGAGUUGAAAUUUUUGGUUUUAAACAUAAUAGGAAGUGUUUCACAAACAAAAUGUAAAGCAGUAUUAAAAUUUGAGCAAACAAGUGUUCUGUAUCUACUUUAAUAAAUAUUCUUUUUUGCCAA